AAAAAAUUGUACUUAUGAAAAAUUCUCCAAAGAGUUUUUUUUUAUAAGAUUUGCGGGGUACAAGUUAAAAUAAUUUUUAUAAUAAUUAAAAAUAAAAAAUCUCACAGUUUUAAUAUACUUAUUUGAAAAAGUUUUUUGCAAAUUUUUACACUUAUCUUCUAGGUAUUUAUGAUGGCACAGUAUUAUCAACUUGUGCCAAGCGUAUCACCUAGUGAUGAUAUUAAACGGAUAUUUACAAAUUUAGACAACGUUCAAUUGGUUCAAAUAGAAGAUCAAUCGAACUCACAAUUUAUAAUUCCUCAAGAUGAAUCUUCCUAUGUUUUAAAUGAUGGCACUAAUCAAGUACAGCAAUUAGUAUAUCAACAAACUCCACCACAACAAAAGCAAACAAUAGCUACAACGCAACAACAAACAUACGAUCCUUCUUCUUAUCUUAUCCAAGAUAAUCAUGAAAGUGUAGUUACAAGUCAACAUCAUCAAAUGCAGCAAACGCAGCAUUCGCAGCAAGGAUCUUUGGGACAAGACAAUACCCAGCAAAUUUAUUACCAAACUGAUUCAAAUCAGAUAGUUCAAACUAAUCAAAUCAUGCAACAUGCACAACAGCCUCAACAAGUUAUAUAUCAAACGGUGCAGCCCCAAUCAAACCCUCAACCAACACAACAACAGCAAAUUUUGUUACAUAAAUCUCCAGACGGACGUAUUAGACAUAUUCAGACUCCGCAAGUAAUGAUGACUGGCUCACCCAUCAAUCACACUGGGCAAAUCGAACAACAACAGCAACACGUAAUUCUACAAAAUCAAGGAAAUACACAGGUUCUUGUGCAAUCCCCAAUUUCACAACAACAACAGACCCAGUCCCAACAUACUACUCCAAUGGUGGCAGUAAGACCACAGCACAGACUUUUUUACAAGAGCCCACAAGUUCAACUCAUAAGUUACCCAACAUCUGAAGAAUCUACCCAACCAUCGCACUUGCAGACUCACGUACAACAUUCUCCACAAAGAUAUGUUCAACAUCAAACUCAGCCUCAACGAAUUUUAACUCAACAAGGUGCACAGCAACACCAACAACAUCAGCCUCAGCAACAAACGCACAUUAUGUCUCCACCUACAACGCCAAGCAAUCAGCAAAACAAAGUAUUUCAUCAAGUGCAAACUCAACAAAAACCGGCAAAUCAAAUGGUGCCUCAAUUAGGAUCAGUACAACAAUCACCACCAAGACUUUUAACCCCUGGAAACAUGACUUCAAAUAUAAGGUUGGCUCAACAUAAUCGUCUUUUGUUAAAUACCAAUAACAUAAGGCUCAGCAACCCCACUGGAAUAAGAAACCAGAGUCCCAGGGGUUAUGUGAGAACUAAUACCGCAAACAAUACUGUGACAUCGCCAAUUUUGACUCCUAACAUAAUAUCUUCACCAAGAGUAACACGCCCUCGAGCUAGUACUCCUGGUACACGUGGAAGCAGAGGUGGCCGUGGAGCUAAAAAUAUAACUACAGGACAAGUUCGAAUGGUAUCAAAUGCAGUCACUGGUACUCUACAACAAAGACAGACUACAAUCAGAAAUAUAAAUCCAAAUAUUUCCAACAACCAAUUUUUACCAGUAACAACAACUGUUAAAACAUAUUUAACCGACUCAACUGGUCAAAUUCAGUUGCAACAAACAGGAGGUCAACAAAGACUUUUAACUUAUUCAGAUGGCUCUCAACAAAAGUUAAUAACUAACUCAACAAACAAUUCUGUUCAACUGCAAACACCAAACAAAGGCCGUACUCUGAGUUCUACAAAUAAGUCCUCAUCCCAAACACAAAUGUCUUCUCAAUCUGAUGAUAUUGAAGAUUCCAUACAACCAAUAUUUCUUUCGAAAUCGGAUGUGAAAGCUGACACUGAUGAAAUUGAAACAGAUGACGCAAAUUUACAGUUUGAUUCCAAUAAUAUAAGCUCAUACAAUCAAUCAGAAGAUGAUAAAAAAUCUAACAUAGGAACAAAUACAAUGAAUCUGAUAGAGGACAAACAAAGAAUUAAAAUUGGGGGAAGGGGUUUUGUUCCUCCUAAUAGAAAUAAUCAGCAAAAUAUUCCAGUAAACCGAGUCCAACCUAUGCCUCAACAGCAAUCUGUGCAACCUCAACCGAAGCCACAAACCGAUCCCGGCCAUGUAAUUCAAACACAAGAAAUUAUUCAAAACCGAAUUCAAAAUCAAAAUCAGCAAGAUCAUUCGGUAGACGGCAUAGAAAAAGGAAAUGCUAGAAUGCUCGUUAUCCUAGCUUCUGGUGAACAACGUUUAAUUACAUUUACUUUACCCCGCGACUCGUGUACUGUUCAAGAGCUGCUUGAGCAAGUAAACGUACCAUUUGACAGUUCCACUGUCAUACAGUGUGUGUCAAGUAAAGGAGCAAAUAUUGAUUACGUUGUAACUGUUGGAAUACCAUUACCACCGCCAGAAUCUCGGGCAGAGUGGAUACAGAACGCAGAAGCAAGUUUAAUGUUAAACAAAACGGAUACUAGCUCAAGCCAACAGCAACAACAGCAAACACAACAACCCACUCAACAAGCAUCACAACAAACACAAAAAAGUUUAAACGAUAGCGAUAAGCUUGAAGACAUAAUACCAACAAAAUAUAUACCGGGUUUCUAUGCUGUUUGUAAGUCAUGCGGAAAUUGUAGUUUAGAUCACGCUAAGUGUGACCGAUGUAAAAGAGUAUUCGUAGAAGAACCAAAACGAUAUCCUUUUGGAGCUAAAACUGAAAAAGUCACACAAAAUCCACAUGCUCAGAUGAGUAUAGAAAAACGUGCGACUUUAACUUCAGAGAUGAUGGGUAGAGCGACUAAGACUUUGGCAACUUUAACUUCCGGCCGUGGACGUGGCAACUCUCUGACUGUAACACAAAGAGGAAGAGGAAGAGGGGGCCUGAGGGCCGCUAACCGUCAAACUGAAGCAGCCCCCGUUAUUUUGACAUUAAGCAGUGACGAUGAAGAGCAAGAUGAUGACAAAACCUUAAAUCAAAAAAUGGAAGGGAACGACAAUUUGACAACAAAUUUAAUUCCUCUACAAUGUGAGCCUGUAAUUCCAGAUGUGGAAAAUGAACCUAACGAUACUGUGAGAGAAAAUGUGGCUGAUCUUAGCAAUUCAGCUGAUAAAAUGUGCACAAUUUUAACUUGUAAGGUAAUCCGAAUUGGUUCUCACAAAUUUCAACCAAAAGAAAAGGUUACUAUUACAAGUAAGGGCGUAAGAGUUAUUGCGCCGAGUUGCAGCAACCCAGAAGAUAAUAUAUGCCUCGAUAUAAUGCAUCAAGAAAUUGUUAAAGUUAUAGCGCAUUUAUCCAAAAAUUUAGCUGUACUGUUUUUGUACACACUACCCAGAUGUGGAGCAUACAUCAGAGAAAGUUUAGAUAUGAAAGCUAAAAAUGCUCUUUCAGAAACACCUUACUACAAUCCAACAGAUCGAGCUGAACCUUACAAAAGAAUUGUGAUUCAAAUAGAAAAUUUGCAUGAAGAAUCACGAUCAAUAAUAAGGUCUAUAUUUCCAACUACAGUUCUAGAAUUUGUUGGUCUAGACGAUGCGAAAGAAUUACUGAGCAGAUCUAGUUCUAAGGAUAAAGCAGUCAAAGUUGAAUCUUCGGGAUCCAUACUGAAAUUGGAAAAUGACCAAAAUAUUCGACAAAUCUUAAUUUAUCCACCAGGAAAGGGAGGAAUUUCUAUAAAUACCGAAGAUUAUAUGUGUUUAGCGAUUGAUCAGUAUUUAAAUGACGUUAUCAUUGAUUUUUAUAUGAAAUAUGUUCAUCUUCAUCUACCAAAAGAGCAGCAAGAUAAAACUCAUAUUUUUAGCACAUUUUUUUAUAAACGCUUAACCACAAUGACAAAUCGUCAACGACAAAGCAAGGAGGAUGCCAAACUAACAGCAGCACAAAAAAGACAUGCGAGAGUUGCUAGUUGGACAAAAAAUGUUAAUUUAUUUGAAAAAGACUUUAUUAUAAUUCCAAUCAAUGAGCAAUCUCAUUGGUUCUUAGCAAUAAUUUGCUUUCCUAAAUUAAAAGGACCCGUUUCUUACGAUACGUUGCAACCUGUUUCAACUGAAGGAAUAACAAAAAAGAAAAAAGCCCACACAGAAAGAAAAAUCUCUCUACAAAUAGGAAAUACAACCAUUACUCCUUUGAGUAAAAGGGAAUAUGAAGCCGUAACAGUUGGUGAUGAUGAUAGCGAAAGGGAUGAGGCCGAAGGUGACGAAAGUGAUUUGGCAUCAGAUGACUCUGAUUUUGAAAAUGGUACUAACGGAAGUGCGAAUAAUCAAGUUCAAACAUCUCAAUCACAGGCUAUUAAACAGCCGAUGAUUUUAAUAUUUGAUUCAUUAGCUGGUGCUUCGCGCAACCGCGUUGUUGCUACCCUCCGUGACUAUUUGACUUGUGAAUACAAAGCGAAAUGUAAAGAUACACCAUACGUAUAUCAUAAACUUAAUAUGCCAGGCUGUAGUGUUAAAGUUCCACAACAAAAUAACUUUACCGACUGCGGAUUAUUUGUUUUACAAUACACUGAAUCAUUUUUGAAGGAUCCAAUCAAGGAUUAUAAAAUUCCUAUAAAACAGUUGGUAAAUUGGUUUGAAAAUAUCACUGUAACAAAGAAAAGGGAAGAUAUUGCAAUCCUUCUAAAAGAAUUAGUAUCAAAACAACAUCCAGAAAGAUUACCAUUACCUGAAAUACAGUUACCUACACAAGAUGGAAAGCUUAUUGAAUAUACUGAAGGUGAAGCUGAAUUUGAAGAAGAUGAGAUGGAUGAAGAGCUUGAUGAGGAGGAAGAAGAGGAAGUUCCUGCAGCAACUAUAAGCCCCAGUGAAAUCAACAAUUCCAAAAUUAGUGCUAAUAUUACACCUAAACCACAAAUCUUGUUUAAGCGUAGUAUAAAUGAGGUCAACGCUGGAAAAUCACAAGAAUCGGUUAUGCGGAAACAGAUUAGAUUAGAAGAACAAAAUAAUUUAAAUUCAAAUAGUGUAAAUAUUGGAAAUAAGAGUAACAUAAUUUUAAAUAUAAAUAAUACAAAUACAUCUGUUCCCCCAUAAAUUAUAAAAUUUCAUCAUUAAGUAGUAGCAUUAUAUAAUAGGGUUAAUUGUAAAACAAUCAAAUUUGAAUUGAUUUAGUUUUUUAUUACUAUUAUUAUUUUUAUAAUGUUUAUAUAAAAUGUUUCUUGUAUUUUAAUUCUAUAA